UUUGUGAUAAAGACGGUUGUGUUGGCCUCUUCCGAACGAGAAUUUGGAAUUUUCCAGAAGUGAUUUCUUCAUUUGGAACCGAGUUUAGACAACAAAGGGGACGAUGGUGCAGAGUCCGUUUGAUCUACCGCAAUGUUUGCUUUUAGCAGCAAUGCUUUUCUUUGUUCAUCGCUCCACUGCUUCUCCCUUUGAGAAUAAAACUGGACCUACUGAGAGCAGAUCCAGGGUUUUUUCUCCAAGAAUGGACUACGACGAAUGGACACCCCUGGGUCGAGGAGAUCCACUGAAAAACGACCCUACAUUCGACUAUGUUCCUCCAGUACUCGACAGAGUUCAAUACUGGCUAAACACUCACACAACUGAACCAUCAACAAAACGUGAUAUACUUGUACUUGGAGUAACUGCAAAAAAAACCAGUCCAAAGAUCCCAGAACAUUUCCUCAAAUUUUUAGAUGGGCCAAAAUUCAACCGAAAUCAGGAUACAUUCAGAAAUGACUUCACAGGCAGCACUGGUGCAGAACCUCCGAAAAUGAUCCGCAACAAUAAUUUUAGAAGUGGACCUAUGGACUUCAGAAACCAAAAUAGGAUCCAAUCGAUACCUGCUAGUUACUACCCAAGUCCAUUCUACAAUCAAAAACCAAAACCCUACACUAUGAUGAUGCCACCACCUGUGAACCAAAAUCCCAUCAAUGAGCUUGGUCAAAAUUCUUAUGGAAAUCUUCUUAAAGAGAAGAUCGUCUUCCAAGAAUCUCAAAAAUUCAGCACUCAAACCGAAGAAGGCCCUUCCUUGCAAGAGGCUGAGUUUUACAAUCAUCCCCCGAAAAUGUUCUCUCAAGGUCAGCCUCUCUUUAGGUCGACUCAUUCUCAUAUUUCACCAGCUCCUGUUAAAGCUAAGAUCACACCGAUAGAAAACAAAAGCAUAUUUAGCCCUUCUUCUGAAAUUCCAAACCAAAGAUUCGAAGCUACGACUUCUUCAGUAUCGUUCGAAAAGUCCAAUCUAAUUUACCAGUCGACGCAGACCUUAUCAGGUGGUUGGAUAGGUUCUAGUAGACCUACUUCUUUCGCUCCACCAGUAGAAAUCAAUCAAGUCACUUGGAAGGCACCAAACGGGUACGAAGGUGAUCAUCAUGCAUCUGCGUCAGCUAACCAUGAUGUAGUCAUUGGUCAGAAUGCUAAUAUUAUUGUUGAUGGAGACAGUAACGACAACGAGGAGGUUGUGAUUGGACACAACGAUCUCUUCUUUCAGGAGAGUAAUUCUCAAGAUUAUAAGGAGAAGGCUCUUUUAGAAGGUCCAUCAGUCACUACAUCAACCAAACCUUUAACUGAAUCUUACACUGACUCAACUGGACCCAAAAUGCACAUCGUCGUUGCCAACUCACCCUCGGCAUUUGAACUUGAGGCCCAAAAGGAGCCAGUUUCAGUGAUCAUGCCAGUCAACUAUGUCGAAUCAAACGUAGACUCUAGUCUCAACUCCACUGAAUCGGCCUCUUUCAUAUCCACUUCAACUCAAAACUCGCUGAUUCAAAAUCAUAGUUCGAAAAUGAAUGACAACAUGAAUCAGAAUGCAGACAAAAUUCCAAGUAACUCUGUGAGUUCACAAGAGCUUAUAAGUUCUCCAGAGUCCAGCGGUUCCAAUUUAAUGAGUAUGGAAAGACCUCUGCACAUGCAAAAACCACAACCAAUCAGAAGCAGCAUCAGUUCUCCGAUGAUGCCUAUUUUUAUGGAGAACACCCAAACAGAUUACUCUUCUAACAUCUUGUCCAACAGGAUUCCACCAACUUCUCAAACAGCUAGACAUCCUGGCUUCCACAUCUUUGGGGAAUCAGUGCCCCAGCACAUGGCUCUUCAGCAUCCACGACCUCUAAUGACGCCCCGUCCAGGCGAGCAUCGUCCUGGAUUUAGACCACCUAUUUCGAUGGACAUGGGUCAGAUACCACCUUCUAUGAUCCACAUAAAAAUGGGAUCACCUCAGAGUGCCAUGAGACCACACAUGAGUGCAGAUCUAGCUUAUCAACACCAUCAGCAUCAGCAACAUCAGCAUCAACAGCAUCAGUAUCAGCACCAGCAUCAGCAAAAUAAACAUCAGAUUCAGCAGCAUCAGAUCUUCCCUGCGACCUUUACAAGCUCUCCUGUUGGGGCAUCUUCAACUCUACAUGUAACUCGAGGAGAACUUCAAGGUCACAGGUAUUCACCAGUUCCAAAUCCAAUGUUACUAACAACCAUGCAAUCUUCAAUAUUCCCUCCAACUACUAGAGGACCAGUUUCGAUUAAUGGAGAAUUUUUCAUGGAUUAUACAAGAAACCAGUCGCCUCUGAUCCAUUUGCUAAACAGUGAAGAGUCCCAGAAGAUGGAGAGUGGGUUCUCGACUGAUUUGAUAACAACACCAUCUUCUCUACAGACAACAACUGCUCCGAGCUUGACGACUGAUCCAAUUUUCUCGCACUACAAGCAACCUGCUAAGCCCAUUCGGGGACCAAUGUAUCUUAUAAUUCAAGGUCAUUCUAAAGUGAAGACUUACAAGCCAACUGUGAAUAAGUAUGGGGUCCCUGUGGAGAAUAAUGAAAUUCUCGACAACACGACGGAGAGGCCACAGUCGAAGCUGGAGAAAUUGGUUAAUGAAAAUGCAAAAGCUAACGCAGCGAAUAGAGAGAAGGAUCUUAGUGCUAGAAGGAAACUGGAGGAAAGAAAGGAAAAUCGAGAAGAGCCGAUAAGUUUACUGAGCUUAGUGGAGAAUGGAUUUAGCGCUUUUACGGUAUCUCCACCGCCGGCUACUGAAGAAGAGAGGCAGACCAAUUCAGUCACGACUAUAGAAAUUAAUGGUAACUAGAAAGAUUAAUUAUAGCUCUUUCCUGAGAUUAAAUUGUUUAUUCGAGAUUAGGUUUGAUAGAAGAUUAGUCUUUUGUUCAUUUUGGAUAAAUGUUAACAAGGAAUGAAAAUUUUCAUCUCCUUGGCAUGGAAUGUUAAGUCGAAAGUUAAAGUUGGAGACUGAAUUUCGUUGCUCGGAAGACUUUUUCGUAGUGCUGAAUUUCCAUUCGAGAACUUCAAAUAUUUUGAUCGGUCUCGUUCCUUUUGUAAACAUAUUCUUAACCCAACUUCUCCUGCAUUCAUUUCGACCAAUAAUGUCGAAAAAUUAGAACAUUCAUAGUAAAAAUAACUUUUGAAAACAAAAAAAUAAUGAAGAAAAUUAAUUCUACUGUCAAUAAUUAUUAGUUAAUUAAAUAAAUAUAUAUGUACUGAAUAAGGCAAGUGGUAAAAAAUGGUAUGUUCAUUUUCUUAUUUUUCUGAAGAGUUGAAGUCUUUCAUUUAUUAGGAAAGUAAUUAUUAUUAAUCACGUUUAAUUUAUUGAU